AUGGGUGCGGAUUCGCUCUCUCGCGAAUCGGCGGAGCCGGCCUUGAAGGGCCUUGCGAUGAGAGCUGAAGGCUUUUCCAUCCGCAGCCUCUACAGACAGGCCGUGCACAGCCACGCAGUCUGCUGUCCUCGUGCCUCGUGCGAGCCGCCGCCGCGGCAUGCGGGGGCCCGCUUGAUGGGGCUCUUUGACGGCCUCGGCUCGUAUGAUAGUGAGCAGAGACGCGCCGCUGUGGUCAGGAAACAGGUCCAGCUCCUGGAUGAGCAGAUUGCCGAGAAGGAACGGCGCAAGGCCCAGAAGGAGCAAGAGCGAGUGCGGGAGAAGCAGGAGGAGCGAGACCAGUUCAGGACGCCGCAUGCUGCGCAGGUGCAGCCGGCGUCGUACCAUAUGCAGAGGCCGCCGGAGCCGGCACAGUUCUCCGUUUCACCCAACGCGGUGCCUUUCGCUUUCAACCUGCAAGCGGCGCCGGCGCCGGCGCAGCCCUCCUUCCUGCAGCAGCUGCAGCAGCAGCUCCUGUGGGGAUCCUCCGACAGCCGGCGAUACGCCAUGGAAGGCUUUGUGGAAGGCGUCACGGACUCCGUGGAGCGUGCCAUCUUGGUGCUGGAACUGGGUCUUCUGAUCAAGCUGAUCGUAUUGGAUGUCUUCUAUGUGGCCACGAUCUUGGUCGUGGAUGCCGCGAUUUUAAUCUCAUCGAUGUCCUACAGCGUCGACUUCAGGGACGUGAUCACCUUCACCUUUGCUGGUCGCUUCCUAUAUGCCGUGCUGGAUUCGCCGCAGCUCUCCUCCAUGCUAUUGCGAACGCAAAGACCUGGAGGUGGUUUGCGCGAGGCAGUUUUGUUGGACUUCUUUCACGAGGCAGACAGGGCCCGCGUGUCAGAGCAACUGCGGAGUUCCACGUGCCAGUCCGCAGUGGCAUUGAAUGCUGACAUGUCGGACUCGGAUUUCAACCGUGUGAAGGUGGAACUGAUUUGUGUGCAGUUCGACAACCUGACAAGUGAGAGGUGCUUCCUGGUGGGUAUUCGUGAGAUACAAGACUUGGAACGUCGUCCGUCAGCUCCAUCACAUCCAAGCACCUUCAAAGGGGAUGAGGAUCUGUUGGCGCUCUUCGAUCCGUACACGUGGGCAGUUCACUUCAUGAGUGAUGAUCUGCAGCGUCUUUGCCAUCAGCUGCCCCCGGGUGAUAGCAUGCCGGACUCUAUUCUGGACAUCGCAAGCCCGGACACUCGGUUCUCCUUAGGCCAACAAUUGCAGCUCAUAGGCAACGAACUCGCUGCGGAACUGGAGCUGCAGCCAGACCAGACCAAGGUGGCUGCUGUGAGCUUCGAUUUGUUGGGCCUUGGCGAGCGGACAGCACCAGUGACCAUCGAGCACGACCAAGCGUUGGACUGCCUGGUUGUCAGCAUGGUGAUUCCCAACGCGACUUUGACGGAAUCGAACCUCCGAAGCUUACCGGCGGAUCUGGGCUAUUCCCUGCGUGCCUCGCUUUCGAGCCGGAGCUCCCGCAGCUCCCGCUCCCACCGCUCUCGCAGUGGAUCCCGCUCCAGGCGUUCCAGUCAAUCCAGCCGCUCCCGUGAAGCGCGUCCUCGCGCCGACCGCGUUGGGUCGAUUACUCAGCUGCACGGCACCAAGAUCCCACUGUGA